AUGACGGGUUAUAAUGGUAAAUAUAAGGCUAUACACUAUAUAAAAGGGAAACCCUCAGCCCUCGCGAAGAUUGCUUCUGUUCAGCGUUGUCGGCGUUUGGGUUCCUCGUCUUCUUCCUUUCGAUGGGUUCCAAGCGUCCCAAUCUCAAGCCCCCUUCCUCCUCUUCCGACGACGAAGAGGCCUCCGCUGGAGAAGAUUCCUCAUCGGAGGAGGAGGAGGAGCAACAGCAAACCCGCCUCUCCUUCUCCUACGAAGAAAUUCUCUUCGAAAUCCAUCAUUCCAAAGACCAAACCUUCCACCAAAUCCUCCCAAAAACCAACCGUUGCUGCUGCCGCCGCCGCCGCUGCUGCUGCUGCUGCUGCUGCUGCUGUUGCUGAUGAUGAUGAUGAUGAUGACGAUGACGAGGAAGACGAAUCCGAUGACUCCCCUGUCGCCGGGAAGAAAGAUCCGAAGGAAAAAGAAGACGAAGAAGGAGAAGCGUCAAGCGAUGAAGAGGAGGACGAGGACGAGGAGGAAGAAGAGCCGGCAAAGCAGCAACCUUUGAAGAAGCCGGAUUCCAGUGCUAUGCCCGGCUCCGGUUCUGAUUCCGGCUCCGAUUCCGAUUCUGAGCCCUCUGAGAAGCAGGCAGUGGCUAAAGUUGAACCAGCUGCUGAAUCAGGCAAGAAGAGGCAAAGAAUUUCAGCCCCUUCCGAGGUAGAGAACAGUGAAAAGAAGCAAAAGCUCUUCCAGAGGGUUUGGGGACAGGAAGAUGAAACCAAAAUCCUUGAGACCAUCAUCUCUUUCUACUCUAAUAAAGGCUCUGAGCAUCCUUCCAAUGCCGGCACUUCUACUACUGACCUUGAUGGUAUCCUUAACUUGUUGAAGAAAUCCGUUACUGCUGAGUUCACCAAGGGUCAGCUUGGUACUAAGAUUCGCAAUCUCAGGAGGAAGUUCCAGACCAAUGCUUCUCGAGAGAAGAAAAACGCAGGCCUCAAGUUCUCGAAGCCGCAUGACCAGGAGGUUUAUGAGCUCUCGAAGAAGAUAUGGCAGCUAACAGAGCCUCUUGGAGAUGGCAUUGGCAGUGUGAAGCCAGUGAAGAGUAAAGGUGUGAAAUCCGUGAAGAGUAAAGGAAAGUCCUCGUCUUUGAAAAAGGUGAAGGAGCAGGACGGAGAUGAUUUAGAGGUUGAUGCCUGCUAUGAGUACCUUGCAAAGGCAAUUGCUUGGGCAAAGCCUUUGAAUAUGGACAAUUUGAGUAUAAACAAAGGGUUAAAAUUGAUUGAUCCCGCAAAGGCAAGACCAUUGGAGAAGAGACUUCGGGCAUUGGAGUCAGAGAGAUUUGGGCAUCGUAUGAAGUGGAUGGAUAAACUUGAGGAGGCUAGUCAAAUGAUCAAGGAUGCCGUAGAAAAAUCAGCUGCGUAUGCCUUCUGUCACUUGGCCACCGCACAAUCCCCACUUGAGGGUUCAACCCUCACUUGAGGUUAUGUCGUCUUCACAUGAUCAGGUGGCUUCAUUUGCAGCCCAAACUGCUAAUAUAUGCAAAAGUUGAAUUCUUGCUAUCAUUUGGUAAUUUGUAUUAUUUGUGUUUGUAAAACUCAGUGUUUAAAGUUGUUUUUGCUUUUGAUGUUGUCUACCUAUCGAUAAAAGUUUUUAUGUUGUAUUGAUGUUGUUUCAUUUUUUGGCCAGACAUGCAAGUUAGUAUUAAAUUUUGUUGAUCAAUAUAGACAAACAAGUCUUUGUGAUCA